AUGAAUGAACAAGCAGUACCGAGCUUGGCUGAAAUUCAUAUAGCAGCAAGUCAUCUUCGUUCUAUAUCACUACCGAUUACACCUAUUCUAACAAGCACAUUGCUGAAUACAUCGACAGGAAGAAAUGUUUAUUUGAAAUGUGAAAAUUUUCAACGCACAGGUUCAUUUAAAAGUCGCGGAGCUCUUAAUGCUGUAUUGAAUGCGAUGAAAGUUGAUCAGAACUUGAAAGGCUUUGUUACACAUUCAUCCGGUAAUCAUGGGCAAGCAUUGGCUUAUGCUGCAUCGAUUAUUAAACGACCGUGUGUUGUCGUUGUUCCUCGAGGUACACCCAAAAAUAAAACUGAUGCUAUUGAAUAUUACGGUGCUCAAGUAGUUAUUUGUGAACCGACGCCAGCUAGUCGAACAUCGACUUGUUUACAGAUUAGUCAAGAACGAGAUUAUUUAAUUAUACCACCCUACGAUCAUCCAGAUGUUAUUGCUGGUCAAGGAACAAUUGCCGUUGAACUACUUGAACAAGUACCUGAUCUUGAUGCAAUAUUAGUACCAGUGAGUGGUGGUGGUCUUAUAAGUGGUAUUGCACUGUAUGCUAAACGUAUUAAUCCCAAUAUACGAAUAUAUGCUUGUGUACCUGAAGGAAAAAUGCUUGAAGAAUGUUUAACUAGAAAAGAGCGUUUAUGGCCUGAACCUCCUCAAUUUCUUAAAACAAAAUGUGAAUCAUGUCGUCUACAACAAUGUGGUACACUUACAUUUCCAAUAAUGUGUUCAUUAAUUGAGAAAAAAGUAUUUACUAUAUCCGAUAAAACCAUGGUUGAUGCAACAAAAUUUGCAUUCGAAAGACUUAAAUUGGUUGUUGAACUUGCAGCUGGCUUAUCACUUGGUGCUAUAAUUUCACAUUGUGAUCAAUUAGAUUCAAAUAUUCGUAAUGUAGCUAUUAUUUUAUGUGGUGGCAACAUUGAUUUAAAUGUACCAUUACCAUGGCAGCAAGCGAAUGAUCAAUAG